AUGGCUGCCCAGGAUGAGCUCAACCAGCUGGAGCGAGUCUUUCUACGGCUGGGCCAUGCCGAGACAGACGAGCAACUGCAGGAUAUCAUAUCCAAAUUCCUGCCCCCAGUGCUCCUCAAACUCUCCAGUGUACAGGAGGGCGUACGCAAGAAAGUGAUGGAGUUACUGGUUCACCUGAAUAAACGGAUAAAGAGCCGACCGAAGAUCCAGUUGCCUGUGGAGACUCUGCUGGUGCAGUACCAGGACCCAGCCGCGGCUUCGUUUGUCACUAACUUCACGAUCAUCUACAUUAAGUUGGGGUACCCUCGCCUGGAGGUGGAGAAACAAUGUGAGCUCGCCCCCACUCUCCUGACUGCUAUGGAAGGCAAACCUCAACCACAGCAAGACAGUCUGAUGCACCUGCUGAUUCCUACGCUGUAUCAUAUGAAGUAUCCCUGUAAGCCGUCCAAAGCUUCUCCGUUCAUGCUGGCCGAGAAACCCAAGACUGUCCACCUGUUGUUGGAGUUUAUGCUGGAUGUUCUCCUAAUGCCUUAUGGGUUUGUGUUGAAUGAGCCCCCAGUUCGUGCGGCUCCCUCCUCUCCACAGGGAGGCUCUGGUGGAGGUGCAGCAGCGGGAGGUCAGGGUCUCCCUCAGCCUCCUCCGGGCAUGAGCGUCUACGCUGCAAAGAGGGUCAUCGGAGAGUGUCAGUGGAGCCCAGAGCAGCUGGAGCAGUGUAAGUUGGGGAUCGUGAAGUUUAUCGAGGCAGAGCAAGUGCCCGAGGUGGAGACGGUUGUUCACCUUGUAGUGGCGUCCAGCGACACCAGACACAGCGUUGCCACGGCAGCAGACCUAGAACUGAAAAGCAAGCAGAGUAUCAUAGACUGGAACAAUCCACUCAUAAUUAACAAGAUGUACAAGGUUUACCUGGGAGAUAUUCCACUCAAGACUAAGGGCACCACGAUAAAGCGGGAACUGAAGCAUGAGCCAGUGAGUACCAGAGUAAAGCUGAAGAUACUCCCGCACUUACUCCGCUCGCGCCUAGCAGCAGAGUGCUUCCCGGCAAACAUACAGGUCGUUUACGACGGUCUUUUUGGAGCGAACACCAACAACAAACUACUGUCCCUCACCCUUCAGUUUGUACAUCAUAUCUGCAUGGUGUGCCCUGAUACAAAUAAACCACUGGGCCUGAUGCUACUGAACGGACUGACCAAACUCAUCAACGAGUACAAAGAGGAUCCUAAGUUAUUGUGUGUGGCGUAUUCCGCGGUGGGAAAACUCUCCAGUCGAAUGCCUCAACUCUUCACAAAAGACAUCGCGCUGGUUCAGCAGUUCUUCGAGUCCAUGUGCAAGGAGGAUGCUGACGUGCGAUUGGCCAUUCAGGAGGCUCUGUCCAUGAUGGUUGGAGCGUAUGUGAACCUGCAGGGGGCGCUGCUUAAUCUCAUGGAGGCUUUGGUGGCUGCAUACAUAGGAAAGCCGGAGGUACAGGUGCGGCAGGUGGCAAUGAAGUUUGCCAGUACCGUGUUCGCUCCAGAUCACGUACCCUCCAGAUAUCUGCUACUGCUUGCAGCAGGAGACCCACGUGAGGAGGUGUACGGGGAAGCCCAGCGGGUUCUCAGGACUCUCCCGUCUCAGAAGACGGAGAAAGAAGGUUCCAGACACAUGCCCUCCUUCCCUGAGAUGGUCAGCUACAUCCAAGAGAAGGCGGCUCAGAGAAUGAAAACUCCUGCUAAAUACAUUGUGGGGACCUCCACUCUACCUUUCAAUCCGUCUGCAUUUGGAGAGAUUAUCCUGUACCUGAGGAUGUGUUUGGCCCACAGUGCCGGAGCCACGCCCACCUCUCAGAGUUUGAUUGACAUGCAGGAUGACGCCCCUAUCAUCGGACACUACGUCAGAUCCCUUCUCUCUGCUGAAGCCCCGCCCUCGGGCGCUAAAGGUGGAGAAGCCAAUCCAGUGCAGGUCUACAUGGACCUGCUUCAACAGCUGCUCUCUGCUAUAGGAGGAAUUCCUGUGAUGUACUGUCUUUUGGAAGUGGUAUCUGUCUGUCCGGAGAAACUGGCUCCCAGAUUUGCUGACAGAAUCGACUGGAUCAAAGGUCUGAUGAACACUAAUAAGGAGGACAUGCGGGAGCUGGCGGCUCAGCUCUACGCUGUGGUCGUCUCCACCAUGUCUGGGAAUGAACUGAAGGUCGCCGUGCAAAACCUCAUCAAGACGACUAAGGACACGCACAGCCCAGAGACACAGCACGGAGCCAUCUUGGCUCUGGGAUACAUGGUGGGCAGGUACAUGAGCAAGAGGCGGAGCCUAGCAUCCGGCGACGCACUCAAAGAGGAUGAGGAACUUAUUGCCAUGGCAACCAAAACCAUCGGAUCGUUCUUGGAAAGUAAUUCUCCGUUGCUGACGGUUGCCGCGGUGACAGCUCUGGGUGAAAUCGGGCGGAACGGGGUGUUGCCCAUCCCCUCUGAGGGAGAGGGUUUCACCAAAUUCAGUCUGGUUGACAACUUGCUCGCCAGAAUCCCGUCUGGGAAAGAGUCUACCAAGAUGAAGGAGCGGGCCAUCCAGACCCUGGGUUUCCUCCCUGUGGGAGACGGUGAUUUCAGCCACCAGAAGAAACUCCUGCAGGGUCUGAUGGACUCGGUGGAGGCCAAACAGGUGGAGCUGCAGUUCACGGUGGGUGAGGCCAUUACAAGUGCUGCCAUAGGAACCUGCUCUGGAGCAGCCAGAGACGUGUGGACAUGCACGGAGGACCAGUACUCCCCUCCCGACAACAUAAAAGUGAAUGAUGUGGUUCCCUGGGUACUGAGCUCCAUUCUGUCCAAAUACAUUGUCAGUCAGAAUCCACACGUCCGACAGGCUGCAUGCAUAUGGCUGCUCUCGCUCGUCAAGAAACUCAGCCAGCACAAAGAGAUCCAGUCUCAUUUGAAGGAGAUCCAGACUGCAUUUAUAUCUAUUCUGUCAGACCCCGAUGAGCUGAGUCAGGACGUGGCGUCUAAAGGUUUGGGGUUGGUGUAUGAACUGGGAGGAGAACAGGACCAGCAGGAACUGGUUUCCACUCUCGUAGAGACACUCAUGACUGGGAAAAGAGUCAAACACACUGUCUCAGAUGACACUGAGGUGUUCCAGGGGGAGACGCUAGGGAAGGCUCCUGACGGGCAUGGGCUUUCUACCUAUAAGGAGCUGUGUUCAUUGGCCAGUGACCUGAAUCAACCAGAUCUUGUCUACAAAUUCAUGAAUCUGGCCAAUCACCACGCCAUGUGGAACUCCAGGAAGGGGGCAGCAUUUGGGUUUAAUAUUAUUGCGGCGAAGGCCGGGGAGCAGCUCGCCCCGUUUCUGCCUCAGCUGGUUCCCCGCCUGUACCGCUACCAGUUUGACCCAAACCUGGGCAUCAGACAAGCCAUGACCAGCAUCUGGGACGCCCUCGUCACCGAUAAAACUAUAGUUGAUAAAUACUUGAAGGAGAUUCUGCAGGACGUGAUCUCCAACCUCACCAGCAACAUGUGGAGGGUGAGAGAGUCCAGCUGUUUGGCCCUGAACGACCUGAUUCGCGGCCGACAGGCUGAUGACAUCAUCGACUACCUUGCUGAAAUCUGGGAGAAUCUGUUCAGAGUGCUAGACGACAUUAAGGAGUCUGUGAGGAAAGCAGCAGAUUUGACCCUAAAGACCUUAAGUAAGGUGUGUGUGCGUAUGUGUGAGUCGACGGGCAGCGCGUCCCAGAGAACAGUAGCCGUGUUGCUGCCCACUCUCCUGGACAAGGGCAUCGUCAGUAAUGUGGCCGAAGUGCGUUCACUCAGUAUUCAGACUCUGGUGAAAAUAAGUAAGACGGCGGGCAGUCGUCUGAAGCCCCACGCGGCGCGUCUGAUCCCGGCCCUGCUGGAGGCCCUGAGCGUGCUCGAACCACAGGUGCUCAACUAUCUCAGUCUGAGAGCCAGCGAACAGGAGAAGAGCGCCAUGGAUGCUGCUAGACUCAGCGCUGCCAAGUCCUCUCCCAUGAUGGAAACCAUAAACAUGUGUCUGCAGCAUCUUGAUGUGUCUGUGUUAGAGGAGCUGGUGCCCAAACUGUGUGACCUGCUGAAAAGUGGAGUCGGUCUCGGCACAAAGGGAGGCUGUGCCAGUGUGAUUGUCUCUCUGACUGUACAGUGUUCUCAGGACCUGACUCCAUACGCAGGGAAACUGAUGAGCGCUCUGCUCAGCGGUAUUCACGACCGCAGCAGCGUCCUCCAGAAAGCCUUCGCUUUCGCCCUGGGACAUCUCGUCAGGAGUGCCAAAGACAGCAGCACAGAGAAACUGCUGCAGAAACUCAACAACUGGUACCUGGAGAAAGAGGAGGCAGUGUAUAAGUCUUCGUGCUGUCUGACAGUUCACGCUAUCAGUCAUUACAGUCCUGACGUGUUGAAAGCUCACGCGGGCGCGGCCCUGCCGCUGGCCUUCCUGGGCAUGCACCAGGCCCCCGAGGAGGAGAAGGGAGAGAACGCCGACGCCAACCUGUGGGCAGAGGUGUGGCAGGAACAUGUACCAGGAAGUUUUGGGGGGAUAAGGCUGUACAUGGUGGAACUCAUCGCCAUCACUCAGAGGGCCUUACAGUCCCAGUCGUGGAAGAUGAAAGCGCAGGGCGCAGCUGCCAUGGCAACAAUCGCCAAGCAACAGACAGGCUCACUGGUGGCACCCCACCUGGGCAUGGUGCUAAGCGCCCUGCUGCAAGGACUGGCAGGACGCACCUGGGCAGGAAAGGAGGAGCUGUUGAAGGCUGUGGGAUCAGUAGUGUCAAAAUGCAGCGCGGAGCUGCAGAAGCCAGCGGCCGGCCAGCCCACAGUGAGUGAGGUGUUAGACCUGGUUGUGAAGGAGUGUAAAAAGGAGAGUCUGGUGUAUAAACUGGCCGCCCUGCGCUGUGCCGCUGACAUACUGGAGGCGACGGAGGAGGAUCGCUUCACCCAGCUGGCUGACAUUGUGUUUCCUCUUAUCAGAAAGAGUUGCAGAGAGAGUGGUGGUUCUCAGAGAAUGUCUGACGACGACGAUGAUGAUGAUGAUGAGAAAGCGCGGGAGAUGCAGACCGACGUCCUGCUGUGCGCGUUCGAGGCGCUUGGCAAAGCCUGGCCCAAAAACGCCGACACACAGAGUCGGUACCAGGCGGAGGUGUGUGGUCUGAUGUGUGACAGACUAAAACUCAGCACCUGGAAGGUUCAGCUUGGUGUCCUACAGUCUAUGAAAGCCUUCUACAAGAGGUUAUUGCUUUUGGAGAAAAACCAGGAGGAUCUCACCGCUCUGUCUGAGAUUCUGUCAGAAACCUGCACUGCCCUCGCAUCACCACUAGAAAACAAGAGUUACUCCUCAGUAAGGACGGAGGCCUUGUCCAUAGUGGAACUGCUACUGAAAAGGAUUGAAGAGAGUGAUAAGUGGGAAUGUUUGUCAGAGAAGAGUCGUCAGCAGUUACAACGCUCCCUCGCUACCAUGGAAGCAGACAACCGUCCCGAGCUGAAAGAUAAAGCCCAGACGUUCCGCAGGAAAAUCCAGGGCCUGUCUUGAACGCAGACGCACGUUGUUUAGCAAGCGCGCGCGCACACACACACACACACACACACACACACACAUCGCCUUUCUUCAUAUCUAGACCCUUCUCCUCCAAAGUCCUGGAUUCUGCGAAAAAACCUGCCAACACACUCCAUCCCUACAGUUUAGCCGUUUUAGUUCCACCGCCACAACCCAGUUUCCCUGUCUCGCACCCGUUCUCAUGUGAGCGUGCGAUCACUUCCUGAGCCACACGGUGGCUACCAUUUUGAUUUCUCCUCUAAAGUAAAACCUUCCAUUUUACAUAGUCACACGGUGUCCAAGUUCGAAAUUAUCUAUGGAUGUGCGUUCACGAAUUUCACAGAACGCCGUGGAGAUUGUGACUUCUCUCCCGAUAGACGUUGUCUAGUGUUAAAUAACAUUUCUGAUUGGGCGUCUAGAUUGAGGCGGAGACUCACUGUAUGUAUAUAGCCAAUGGGGAGCUUGGCUCAGUUGAUUGGCUGAUACUUGCCAUAUUUAAACACUGAACUUUGCCCUGAUUGGGUAGACAGACUACUGCAGGCUUGCUAAUAGAAGAUGUUGACAUAAGGGCCAAUAAAAGAGGGGUUAGGUGAGUUUAUUUAAGGGAAUAAGUGUUGAAUGA